AUGGAGAUGACGUCAGAAGGCGCUUUAAGGGAUGGAGGGCGCCGCGAAGGGGGGACCAUGCUGACGUGGCGCGACGAUGUAACUGUAGCGGAAGGGCAAACGGAGAUGGGGGAAGGGGGAAAGGAGGAAGGGGCGGGAGAAUCAGCGAUGGCGGAGGGGGAGGCGGAAGGGGAGCAUACGGAGGGAGGGGAGGAGCGCGCAAACCCUGCUAGCCCGUCUAUUGCGCCAGACGCAGCGCUCGCCACGGCAUUCCGCGCGCGGGAGCGAGGGGCGGACAAAGCGCCUGAAGCGCUGCGCCCUGCCUCGGGGGACGAGGAGGCGGCGCGGGAAGCGGAGGGCGCGGAAAGAGGGGUGGGGAUGGGGGAUGGGCGGAGGGAGGGAGGGGAGGGAGGAGAAAGAGGAGGAGAGGGAGGCAAGGAGGGAAGCGUGGAUGGAAGGAGGGACGGGGAUGACAGAGGAGAAAUGGGAGUAGGGGAGGGCGAGAGAAGGGGAUUGGGGGGAGGGGAAGGAGAAGGGCAGGGAGGAGGGGAGGGAGGAGGGAAGGGAGGAGGGGAGAGAGGAAAGGGAGGGAAGGGAGGGGAGGAAAGGGAGGGAGUGGUGAGAGGGAAGGGAGGGGAGUGGGGGUGGCGGUGGGUGGACGAGAAGGACGCAUCCUGGCCGCUCUACUCCGCUGCAUCCUGUCCGUUCAUCUUCCCUGGGCAGAACUGCCGAUCCAACGGCCGCAACGACACGAGGUUUGAGCGAUACGCGUGGCGGCAGGGCGGGGAGAGGAGCGGGGACGGCCAGGAGGGAUGGGGGGGAGGGAAGGAGGUGGGGGGACAGGAGCGGUGGUGUGAUGCGCUGCGGGGCGUGCGGCAUGGGAGAGGGGAAGGUGCCAUGACACCCAAUGGAAUGAUGACACGUGUGGCGUAUGUGGGAGACAGCAUGAUGCGCAACAUGUUUGAGAGCAUGGCGUGCAUGCUGCAUGCGCACCCCGUGUGUGGCGGCAAUCCCAAGGUGGUGCGGGCGAAUGUGGUCGAGCGAAUCAUCCGAUGGGACACCUGCAACGUUACCCUCGCUAGUCUCAGGAGCAACUUCCUCACGGAGAUUGCAUUCAAGGACCCCACGGACGAGUUCAAGGGCGCCACUCUGCACCUCUCACUCACCGCUUCACACCCCCCCAUACCGCACAUCACCGCUCCCUGUCCCUCCAAAUCCCCCCAGGAGCAACUUCCACACGGAGAUCUCUUUGAAGGACCCCAGGGAUGA